AUGGCCACCGCAGAUACCCAGCAAAACGUUCCCUCUCAUAUCCGUGGAGUGCCUGGAUCGGUCAAUAUACCAGUAGCAAGCUUCCCAGUUCCCUCCAAAUGUGCCACCUGUGAGCCGGAGUAUGUUGCAUCAAAGAUUGUUGAGGCUUUCAACCUUGCAUUGACCAAACGCGACUUUUACGGCAUAGCGAGCUUAUUUGGGGACAACAGCUUCUGGCGUGAUCAUCUGGCUCUAUCCUGGCAGCUUCGAACAGUGCAAGGCCACGAAGCGAUCGUGAAAUUCCUUGAGAGAUGUUCUGAGUCCAGGGACGGCCUGCGACUCCAGAAGAUCUCUAUUGACAGGAGCACCCCCGUUCGCGCUCCGAAAGAGUGGGCACUUGACGGAGCUGGUGAAGUUCAAGGCAUCCAAUUUUUCUUUAAAGCAGAAACUGCCCAUGGUUCCGCAGUCGGAAUCGCUCGCCUCGCUCUGCAAAGUGAUGCGUGGAAAAUUUUCACCCUGUUUACUGCUCUCCAAGAACUCAAGGGCCAUGAGGAGCUUCUUGGGCAUCGGAGACCCAAGGGCGCAGAGCACGGCGGUAACCCAGAUCGCAAGAAUUGGGCGGAAAAGAGAGCCGAUUCCUCUGCUUACACUGACGGUCGUGAGCCAAGUGUGCUCAUUAUCGGUGGUGGACAGGGUGGUUUAACGGCGGCCGCGAGAUUAAAGAUGCUUGGAGUAGACUCCCUCAUCAUCGAUAAAAACGAGUCUGUCGGGGAUAACUGGCGCCUCCGAUAUCGUCAGCUUGUCCUACACGAUCCUGUUUGGUACGAUCACAUGCCCUACAUGGAGUUUCCAGCGACUUGGCCCAUCUUUACUCCGAAGGAUAAGCUGGCUGAAUUUUUCGAGUGCUACGUCAAAAUACUCGAACUUAAUGUUUGGACCUCUACGACCAUCACCAAUUGCGAAUGGGAUGAGAAAAAUGCCAAGUGGACCGUGACACUUUCUCGCCAACAGAAGGAUGGAACCACUGAAGAGAGAGUGUUUCACCCGCGCCAUAUUAUCCAAGCGACCGGCCAUUCUGGAAAGAUGAAAAUGCCUGAAGUCCCCGGCAUACACAACUUCCAGGGUGACCUUCUUUGUCACUCCUCGCAAUUUCCGGGCGCCAAAAGAAAUAGCCAAGGCAAAAAGGCGAUCGUUGUGGGCUCGUGUAAUUCAGCUCACGAUAUCGCACAAGAUUACCAGGAGAGAGGCUACGAUAUAACUAUGGUCCAGAGAUCGACAACCUGCAUUAUCUCCUCGGCUGCUAUUACAAAGAUCGGUCUGAAGGGCCUCUACGAAGAGGAUGGUCCGGUAUUGGCAGACGCCGACCUCCUUCUACAUGGCACUCCCACACCAGUCAUGAAAGCGCAUCAGAUCCAUAUUACUUCUCAAGAAGCAGAGCACGACAAGGAGCUUCUUACUGGACUUGAAAAAGCUGGGUUCAAGGUUGAUCGUGGCCCCAAUGGCGCCGGAUUAUUUGUCAAAUAUUUCCAACGCGGUGGCGGCUACUAUAUCGACGUGGGAGCUUCCCAAAUGAUCGUGGAUGGGAAGAUCAAGGUGAAGCAAGGUCAGGAAAUUGCUGAAGUUCUGCCUCGAGGCCUUAAAUUUGCCGAUGGUACUGAGCUAGAAGCUGAUGAAAUUAUCUUCGCUACGGGAUACGACAAUAUGCGCUCUCAAACAAGAACGAUGCUGGGCGACAAGGUUGCUGAUAAGGUAUCUGAUGUUUGGGGUUACAAUAGCGAAGGAGAAAUUAGGACCAUGUGGCAGAAUAGCGGACAUCCAGGAUUCUACUUCCAUGGAGGCAAUUUGGCGACUGCAAGAUACUAUUCUAAGGUUCUAGCACUCCAGAUCAAGGCUCUUGAAGAAGGCAUAUAUCGUCAUGGUGAAUUCUAA